AUGCCAUCAAUCUAUUUUCUCGGUCAUUCUCUCACACUCACAGGCGUAAUUCUCAUUCUCCUUCUUUGUUUAACUUGUUUUUUUCUCUUUACUCUGUCCACACCUAUUUUUUUUACUUCUUCCAUCAUUUUCAAUUUCUCUAUCCUUUUUAAAUUUUCCUCUUGCUCCCCUGCUCCUUCCUUCUUCUUCUUCUUUUCCUUCCUCCACUUCUUCCUCUUCGUCACCUCCUGCUUUUUCUUCUUCUUCUUCUUCUUCUUCUUCUUCUUCUUCUUCUUCUUCUUCUUCGUCAUAGUCGUUGUCGUCGUCGUUAUGGCCUCUUUUUUCCCCUGCUUUUCCUUUUCUUCUUCUUCUUCUUUGUCACUUCCUCCACUUCUUCCUCUUCGUCAUCUCCUGCUCCCCUUCUUCUUCUUCUUCUUCUUCUUCUUCUUCUUCUUCUUCUUCUUCUUCGUCAUCUUCGUCGUCGUUGUCGUCAUGGCCUCUUGCUCCCCUGCUCCUCGUCCUUCUUAUUAUUAUUUGUCACUUCUUCCACUUCCUUUUUGUCACCUUCUUCUUCUUCUUCUUCUUCUUCUUCUUCUUCUUCUUCUUCUUCUUCUUCUAAUCCAGCUCAUCUUCUUCUUCGCCUCUUUGCUCAUUUUUCUCCUUUUCCUGUUCCUCCCUACUACUGCCUCGCUUUCUUCUUUUUCUUCCCAUCAUACCCAUUUUUUUAUCUUCAUUUCCUCUUUCUUCUUUAGCCCACAAUAUAAAUUAGCCCUGACUGACCCUUGUCUCGGUGAACAUGGCCCACAGAAUUAA